AUGCACAUUGAGAGAAAUGUGUUUCUUAAUAUUUUGUUCACUGUAAUGGACACCAAAGGUAAGACAAAAGAUACUUUAAACUCUAGGAGGGACUUGAAAAAACAUUGCAAGCGUAUGGGACUUGAGCUUCAACCUGGUAGGAAUGGUAACUUUGUAAAACCAAAGGCACAAUAUACAUUAACCAAACAACAACGAAUAGCUGUAUGUGAAUGGGUUAAAAACCUUAAGCUUCCAGAUGGUUAUGUUUCUAACUUAAGUAUAUGUGUUGAUAUGAAGGAAGCAAAGUUGUUUGGCAUGAAGAGUCAUGACUGUCAUGUAUUCAUGCAACGUUUGCUACCACUAGCCUUCAAAUCCUUACCCAAACCUAUUUUGAAUACACUAACUGAAUUCAGCCAAUUCUUCAGAGAAAUUACAUCAUCUUCGUUGAGAGAGGAUAAAUUGCGUAAUUUGGAGGAAAACAUUCCAAUCAUAAUGUGCAAAUUAGAACAAAUAUUUCCUCCAAGCUUUUUUGACUCAAUGGAACAUCUUCCUAUUCAUUUAGCUUAUGAAGCAAGAGUUGGUGGUCCUGUGCAAUAUAGAUGGAUGUAUCCAUUUGAAAGGUUCAUCCGAACUUUAAAAUAA